GGCCCAGGAGGAAGCGCACCCCCCGCCUGCAGAAGUCCCUGAGGUCCACGAGGAAGUCCAUGAAGUUCAUGAACCAGAAGAAGUCCAGGAAGACGCGGAGCAGGAGGACUGGGAGGACCAGGCAGAGGAGAAGCCGAGACCCAGACUCACUGCUCCUAAGAUCCCGGAAGGGGAGAAAGUCGACUUUGAUGACAUCCAGAAGAAGCGCCAGAACAAAGACCUCAUGGAGCUCCAGGCUCUCAUCGACAGCCACUUCGAGGCUCGGAAGAAGGAGGAAGAGGAGCUGGUCGCCCUCAAGGAGAGAAUCGAGAAGCGCCGAGCAGAGAGAGCUGAGCAGCAGAGGAUCCGGGCGGAGAAGGAGCGCGAACGCCAGAACAGACUGGCGGAGGAGAAGGCGCGGCGGGAGGAGGAGGACGCCAAGAGGCGGGCUGAGGACGACCUGAAGAAAAAGAAGGCUCUGUCCUCCAUGGGUGCCAACUACAGCAGCUACCUGGCCAAGGCAGACCAGAAGAGGGGCAAGAAGCAGACAGCCCGGGAGAUGAAGAAGAAGGUCCUGGCCGAGCGGAGGAAGCCCCUCAACAUCGACCACCUCAGCGAGGACAAGCUCAGGGACAAGGCCAAGGAGCUCUGGGACACCUUGUACAAGCUAGAGACGGACAAGUUUGAGUAUGGAGAGAAGCUGAAGCGUCAGAAAUACGACAUCACCAACCUCAGGAGCCGCAUUGACCAGGCCCAGAAGCACAGCAAGAAGGCCGGGACCACGGCCAAGGGCAAAGUCGGCGGGCGCUGGAAGUAGAGCGGCCAACGAGGCUCCCGGAGGCAGAGACCCUCGGCCCGGGGGACUCACGUGCGGGGGUCCAGCCCCCAGGGGCCCCCCGCGUCUCUGUCCUCACUGCGUCCAUGCUCUGGGGCCUGUGAAUAAACGAGCAGGCUCCCCUCCA